GUAAAGUCGUGAAAUCUCGCAUCAAAUAGUUUUAAUGAACCAAAUGUUGGCUUGCUGGAUAAAGAGCCUUGAAGGUGGCUUUGCAUUUCGUGCGCAUUUCGAUGUUGCCAUGCGAACCAAUCAGUCGAGUAACUGUUGUAAAAUGUUUGGGACCACGUUUAGUUUUAUUCUUCAAAACAUUUGCCUUGUUCUAUGUUCUGUAUCCAAAACAUGAGUCAACUAUGGGUUAUUGUAUUUUUAAAUGCGCGCCUAUUUUGUCACUUAUUGGCUUUGUUUAUAUGUAUGGCGUUAAAAUACCAAAUAAUUAUACUUACUCUUUAAAAAUUCUCUUUGGUCUUUUAUUCUCUUGUCUGGGUGAUGCAUUUUUAGUAUGGCCUAGCCUUCUUAUUCCUGGCAUGGCUAUGUUUGCCAUCACGCAUAUAUUAUAUAUUUGCGCAUUUGGUUUUCAACGUUUAAAACUAUCUAUAUUGUUCAUUUUACUACCAAUACUUCUGUUUGUAUUUGUUUGUGUAAAAGACGCACUAAACGGUAUCAAUGCAGUUGUUAUUCCAACUUAUGGAUUCAUAUUAGUAAUGAUGGUAUGGCGUGCACUAGCCCAAUUAACUAAACACGAAUAUUCCAUACCAUGGACAUGUAUGGCUUCUGCCAUUGGUGGAGUACUAUUUUGUCUAUCCGAUGCUAUAUUAGCCGUAUGUUUAUUCUCAAAGAAUGUAGCACCAUUUCAAUGUAAUUUAAUCUUACCAACAUAUUAUGCUGGUCAACUGUUGAUUUCUGUAUCAGUUGUUGAUAGCCAUUUAACAUCUAUCAAAACAAGUCCAUAUCAUGAAGAUAAAAGGCAGUAAAUAUUUGAUUGUUUUCUCUUAUAUCUAAGAGUUUUCUCCUUUUUUUUAUCUACAGUUUAUUUUUCUUUACUUUUUUUUGUUUGACAUUUAUUUGUUUUUUAUUGUUAUUAUAUCCUUGUAUCUCUUAAUUUGCUCAUGAUUUUUUUCGAUGUAAUUGCACUAUUGCUUAUUUAGUAAUAAAUAAAUAAUUAUUUACUUUGUAUCCGUUGUUUUUUUCUCUCUCUAUUACAUACCUUUCUCUAUAUUGCACUACUUUUUUUCUUAACUGAAUUAAUUAUACGA